CAGCUCUACCAGGCCUAGUUGUGACCCUGAACUUGUCUACAGGACAUGGAAGGCUACUGACUCCAUCCGGAUGGUGGCAAUCCGCAGUGACCGUUUGUUUGAGUCACACAAAGGGGCCAAAGCAGAGCAGCCGCUCAAGAUCUGCAUUAAGGAUGCUGUCCACAACAUGUACGUCUUGAUUCCUUUGUUGGAGAAGAUGGCUUUAGAUCCAUCUCAUCCUCUUCCCUACUUGAAGAUCAAGCUUUUCCGGACCAAGAUGAACUUGAUCCCGCAGAAAGACAAAGUCAAGCUGGACGCAUGGACAUGCAAGUCUCUGCUAAGCUUUGUAAAGAUGAAGACUCGCAAGCAUUUGGGGUCGAAGGCGGGCCUUGACUUAGACAAUGACAACUCUGAUGUUGAAGAAGCCGACCUCAACCUCAACUUGGAUGAAUCCAACCGGGUUUUUGAUGAGGAUGACCAUGAGGUACCAGAUGCUUUCCCCAAGUCUCCGGCUGCAGAUGUUCGUGGGCGUCCUGUAGCCCGGCCUCUUGCAGUUAUCGACCUGGAGUCCCCAGUUGUGAAGGAGGAAGUCCAUGCAAACCACUGCACCCCUGUGGCAGCAGUGGAAUCAGCAGAAGUCAAGAGCAAAAGGGACUACGUUGCCUUUUUGAGGAAGUCUGUCGAGAAAAGGGUGGCCCAGGAUUUGGCAGAGGCUAAUGCACUCGCAGCAAGUGCAGGUCCGAUGUUGGUUGAUGACACCCUCCCCCUUGGCGGAGACAAUGACUCCACUUUGCCCAUGGAUGUCUCCACGACCAUGACUACUUCAGUUGCAGCCAUGUUGAAGCGGGAUGAUGAUUCCCGGCUGCUGGACGCAAAUAUCGAGGACAAGUCCACAGAGAUGCCUGAGGUUUUGACCCGGCGGGUGCAGUUGGGCCUUGCAGCAGAUCACAAAGAAGAAAGCAAGCAGGGCAAGGGAAGGGGCAAAGGAAGGGGCAGAGGAAGGGGCAAGAAAACAAAGACGGAUGCUGUGGAUCAUGAAGAAGUGCCAGCAGCUCCUGCAGCUGAAUCUUCAUCGAAGCGUGGUCCACCAGCCACUCCGGAGCGCCGACGCCUCGACUUUGAUGUGGCUGCAUCGCCUGAUCACCAUGCAUCGGACCUUGCUGAGAAGGGCACUCCGCCUGUUAGGCAGGAGAAGAAGCGUGUCAAGGCAACAGCCAAAGGGAAGGCCGCUGCCAAAAGUGCUAAGGCUGAGCAGCCUGCCAAACAUGAACCAGACACAGGAAAUGAGCCAUCAACCAAGGAAACCAAAAAGCGUGCAAGGAAGGGCAAGAAAGCUGGCACAGAGCCGGCGCCAGAGCCAGCACCUUCCGGACAGCCAAAGCCUGUUGGAGAGGCUGUCCCUCAUGCAGACCCUGCACCUCCUGAGGAUGCUGUUGUGCGAGGAAAGAAGGGCCCUUCGGAACGUGCGAUCAAGGGUGCUUUGAAGCAUUUGGCCGAGGCCAAAGAGGAUCCGGCUUCAUGGCUCCAUGUCAUCAAGCUUUGGGAUGUUAUGGACAACAUGGUGCACACGAAGGAGAACCCGAAUUUGCCCAAAAUGCAGUACUGGUCAUACAGCAUGUAUUGGCAAUCCGGCCGCGUGGGGCUUCUCCAAAAGAGGGUCGAGUUUCUGGGCGGGGACAAGCCGGCAAAGGAGCUCAAGGAUGUAGAGGAUGCUACGGUUUCUGCUUACAAAGAAGCAUUGACCGAUUUGGUGAAAGCAAUCUCAAUCGCAGAUACGGCAGGCAAAAGCCUGAAGGACUUUUAG